GUGCCCGAGACCUCGUGCGGCGGCCUCGUCCUGGCCUGCGCGGUGGCGGCGCUGGUUGUCGGUCUGGUCUUCAGUGCAGCAGGCGGCACGCUCCGCGCACGUCGUAUGACGGGCUCCCCUGCCCCUGAGGUGCUUCCAGUCAGCCUCGAGGAGACGGCCCGCGCGCAGAUCAAGGCCAUCAGUGAUGGAUCCGCGGGGCUGGCCGUGUAUGGGUUCCGAACGCUGCCGUCAGCCGUCGACGCCUGGGCGGGCAUCAUGGAGGCCGUCGCGUUUUACGGUGGCCCCCGCCCCGCGUCGCCCGCCAACAUGCCCCUGGCCGCGGGCAGCGUGGGCGGUCUGAGGGCGGUCGCGCUAGCGGACCCCGCGCCGUCCCCGCCCGCGGCGGCAUUUGGCGCGCCUGGCGGGCCUGCUGCGGGGGGCCCUGGCGGAGCGAUGCCGAUCGCGGGCGGGGCAGGCGCUGCGCCAGCGCCUCCAGGUGGACGCGUCGCGACGCCUGGCGUGGGCGCGGCCCUGGCGAGUGCGGGUUCCGCGCCCGCCGCAGCACCUGGAGCCUUCGCGCUGCUGGCACCGCCCGCCGCCGCGGCCGUUGCGGCCGCGGUCGCGCCUCCCCCCGAGCGUCAGGCCGCCAUUCCGAUGGGCCAGCGCACCGAGUGGAUGGCCGAGUGGAGGAUGAUGCGCAUUCUGGAGCGGGCGGUCUGUUACGAUCAGGUCAACGUAGGGGAGCUCGCCCACCUGGACAUGAUGGCGCGGCGCCUCCAAUUUCUCGAGGAGAAGGCGGUCGAGCAGGCGUUCACACCCAACGGCGGCGACGAGAAGGACAGGGGCAAGAGCGUCGCGCUGGACAAUCGGGUCGAGAACAACUUGUCUCUUGGCGCCCAGGAGAGCAGGGCAAUGUCUGUGUUUGAGAUGGAAGCCGAGGCUGAUGCGGCUAAAGAGCGCAGGAAGGCCCGCGUGGAGCGGGUCGCCAGCGCAACGUCUUCCCUCUUCCUCGGCUCGCUGUGGAUGCUCGCAAUGGGUCUCGCGUCUCCCGCCGUGCUCGUCAGCGUUGUGACCCUGGGCCGACGAGUGCACGGACACCUCGGCCACCUCAAUGGCCAGCGCGACGGCAGCGCUCGGCGGGGGGGCGGCAGCCCCCGGAUGAUUGUUGACGCGCGAAUCAUCAGCGCCGCGGACAUCCAGCGCGCUUUCUACCGCGCGGAGCUGCCUUCGGACAUCGCCCGCGCUUUCUCCUUGUCGCGCGCCGCGAAUCGGGCUCUGUGCAUGGGCGGCAUGGGGCUCGACAUCGAUGUGGUGCCUGAGCUUUUGGCGGGCCCCGCCGAUCGUUCUGCGGCUGCUGGUGGCUCGGCCGCGGCCGCUUGCGUCGACAAUUCCCGCGCGGCUGCUGACUCGCAGGAGCUGGCUGACCGCGAGCUGCAGCUGAUUCCGGCGGCCGUGUCUCGCCGCCGCUUGCCAGUGCAUGAGGCGCAGCAAGCUCGCGCCUCCAUGAUCUUCACUGGCCUUGAGCUCGAUGGUGUCAGAGGGGCCAUGCGAGUGACCUGCGCGCGCCUGGCUCGACUGCGUCUGGGUGCCUGGGUGCUCGUUCUGCGCUGCGCCGUGGCGCGAGACUUUGUCGACGGCGUCAGCCGCAUUUGUUUCUCCCCGAAGUCGGUUGCCCCUGCCCGUCGAUUUCUGGGCGGGGUGCUCAGGGAGCUGCACUGGGCCCGCGCCACGCUGCGCCUGUGGGCCACAUCUUGGCGCCCACCGUGGGCCCCCGGCGUUGCCGCCUCCGACUCCAGGCGCCGCUACCCCCCGCUGGCAUGGGCCGUGGGCGCGCAGCCGACCUCGCCGGCGUUGGAGGGUUGGAAAAAGCUGAAGAUGCCUUGCAUGCGGCUGCCGAUUCCCCGACCUGCAGGGAUGGCGAUCGCGGGCGGCAUGAUCUCGAUCGAACAGCUGCCCUUCGCCACGAUGGCCGCCCCGGCAAAACGGGGAUCGCACGAGAGCGUCGCCCUGGACCGGGUCGGCUGGCGGCUGUUGCGGGCUGCCCUGGAGAUCGCUCGCCCCGGCGGCAUGGCGCCGCGGGCGUUCGACGCGAUGGGGGCGCGCGAAGCCUUCGACCUGGCGACGGAGCACUUGGGCUUGGAGGCGCAGUCCUCCCUGUACGUCCUGCGGCGCAGCGCGGCCAGCGACGACCUCCUGGCGGCUCGGCGCUCGUUUGCCGAGGGAGUGGUGAGUGCUCUGGCCGCCGUCGACAUCGCAGACUUGCCGAUCGUGAUAGUCAGGGAGUCCUGGGCCCUGGAGUCUAGG